AUGGGUAAUUUCUUUAGUUCUAUGUUCGACAGGCUGUGGGGUGUUAAUAAGGAGUUGCGAAUGUUGAUCCUUGGCCUGGAUGGUGCUGGUAAGACAACUAUAUUAUACAGAUUACAGAUUGGUGAAGUUGUGACAACAAAACCUACAAUUGGGUUCAACGUGGAGACUUUGACAUAUAAGAAUUUGAAGCUGAACGUAUGGGAUCUGGGCGGACAAACUAGUAUCAGGCCGUAUUGGAGGUGUUACUAUGCGGAUACCGCAGCUGUGAUAUUUGUUGUGGAUUCGACCGAUAGAGAUCGUAUGUCUACCGCUUCGAAAGAAUUGCAUCUCAUGUUACAAGAGGAAGAAUUACAAGACGCAGCUCUGCUGGUUUUUGCGAAUAAACAGGAUCAGCCUGGGGCUUUGAGUGCGAGUGAAGUAAGUAAAGAACUAAAUUUGGUGGAAUUAAAGGACAGAAAUUGGUCCAUCGUUGCUUCGAGUGCAAUCAAAGGUGAAGGAAUAACAGAAGGGUUGGACUGGCUCAUUGACGUUAUAAAAGAAGAACAAUUGUAG